AUGCGACCGGUGGCAGACCUCCGUGAGUGCGUCGGUGAGGGACGCCGGUGUUAUGACCCGCGGGUGGGCCUUAAGCGCCAGGCUGCCGAGGUCAGUGAGGGACACUUCGGAGUCAGCAGAGCCCUGCUUAUCCGGCGCCUCGAACAGCGAUGGCAGGGCAUCAUGGGUGACGGUGAGAUGCACGGGAUUAUGGAACACGGCGGCCGGGUACUGGUGGAGGUGCGUGCAGAGGCAUUUGAGGAGCUGCAAGAGAUUACAGUCGUGUGUGAGGGACAGGCAUUUUUUGAGGUGUUCGUUGUCUUCGGUAUUCCUAAUGUUCUGGGUGACGAGGACAUACACGUCGCGACCGUUGCAGUCGUCGCGCAGCUCGCCGUCCUGCAGAGUUGGAGAGGUCGAGACCUUGUAGCCGCAGCGCUGGAAGAAUGUGCCGAGUUUACUGGUUGCAUUAAUGUUCAUAUCCCUCCAGCUGCCGUCUUUGCCGCACUGCUCCGCCAGCCUGUUGAAGGCGUCGCACAGUGUGGGCAGCGUGGUGAGAAAGACCUUGGCGCACUUCUCACCUUCUUCAUCAGUGAACUGUGCGCCGGCGUAGGCGGAGACGUACGCACAUGUGAACUCGGCGGUGAACUUUGUGAGCCCCUCCACCAGGCCGUCCAGUCGCAGGUCACUCAGCGCGUCGGUGAGGUUGCGGAGCAGCGCUUGGAGUCUGUGGUCGAAGGUAUCGUUGUCUUUGAAGUACGCGAGCAACUUGGCCAGCGUGUCGUACACCUCGUUGAGCUUACUGUUGUACGGCUCCUCGGACGGCGGGAGCGCAGGAUUUUUCUUCCUGUUUUGCUCGUCGGCCUCUCUUCCUAUCUCCCCCAGGAGAUACGUCUGUACUUGCUCAUAAAGCUCCCGGAACGCAGAGGAUAA